ACAGGCAUAAGAUCAGUAAAACGUUACCCAUUUGUACAUGCAGCACCCUGCUGCUCUGGUGCAAGGACACCGCUGCUGCUGUGCUGGACUUCACAUGCUCAUGCAUCAAAACACCGCCCUGCUCUCCUACUAAACCGUAGCACAGCCUCGAUCGUCUUCUUUGCGAGGACACAGAGGCACGAUUUUAAUCAUAACCUGACCUCACAAAUCCGUUUGUAGUUUUGUAAUAUGGGGCGUGCGUGCCACACAUACUACUAAUCCCUGGAUCCUCAGCGAAGGAGGACCAUGAUGAUUUCUGGGACGGUGUUGCCAGGGGGAAGGUGGCGCCUGGGACCUGUUGGAAAUGACAGCUGAAGAAGGCGGAUUGAAGCACAGGGAUCACAAUAACAGUAAACGUACAAGAUAGCGAAGAAACUCCCUCCCGUCACUGUGUAAAGGGGUUGUAGAGAUGGAGUCCCUGAUGAGUGCGGUGGCACCGCGCUCCCCAGCCCCCGCCAAGAAGCUGUCAGAGGUGGACUUCCGGUCGGGGGCCACCUUGGAGCAGUUGUCAGCCCAGGUGUCUGAGCUGGUAUUACUGGAACAGGGAGAGUUCGGAGACCAGACCGCCUUAGAGGUCCACACCGCCAAGGACUUUAUCUUCAACAUGCUAGGCUUAGUCCAAAAGGUAGACCAGCGCCUCCCGGUGGCCAACGAGUACCUGCUGCUGUCCGGCGGGGCCCGGGAGGGCGUGUUGGACCUCAGCCCCGAGGACCUGGGCGACUACGCAAAAGGGGCCGACUUUGACCUGGACUUCACCCUGCUGGUACCCGCCCUCAAGCUCCACGACCGCAACCAGCCGGUCACCCUGGACAUGAGGCAGUCACCGCCCUGCCACUCGUGGCUCAGCCUUUGCCUCUGCGACUCCAACGUCAUGUCCCGCUGGAGCAUCUGCUGCCAGGAGGAGAACGGGUUUCCGCCCGAGGAAGACGAGGAGGAGGAGGAGCGAGAAAUGAGUAAAGGCUCUAUCCCCUCCCUGGACUCCCCUCAGUCUCUGGACGGGUGCUACUUCUCUCCCUCCCUGGUGACGGACUGGUUCUGGGGGGUGGUGAGCGAGGCUGUGGAGGAGCUGAGACGCAGCCCCCAGAGAGGCAUUCCCAGCCCGGACCGACUGGAGAGGAAUGGUCCCCUCACCACCAUCAUCCUCCAGGCCGGCUCUAGCCGGGUGCUGUACGACCUGCUGCCUGUGGUGUCGUUUCGUGGCUGGCCUGCUGUGGCUCAAGGCUGGCUGACUGCCAACCACUUCUGGGAUGGUAAAAUCACAGAGGAGGAAGCCAUAUCUGGCUUCUAUCUGCUGCCCUGCUGCUCCCCGCUGGGCGGUCGGCCCGACAGGGAGUGGAGGCUGGCAUUCUCACGCAGCGAGGUCCAGCUGAAGAAGUGCAUCCCUUACCCCAUGGCCCAGGCUUUCCAGGCAGCCAAAGCUGUCUUGUCCCGUAUCCUGGCUCGCCCACGUGCGGGCCUCAGCCUCUACCAUCUGCGGACCCUUCUCUUCUGGGCCUGUGACCGGCUUCCUUCCGCUUAUCUGUCCUGCUCCGACGCCGACACCCCUGGCCGCCUCCUCCUAGGCCUCCUGGAUGACCUGGCUCAUUGCAUCCUGGGUAAAAACUGCCCCAACUACUUCCUGCCCCAGUGCAACAUGCUGGAGCACCUCACGGACAGCCAGGCGCUGCUCGUCGCCAGGAAACUGGCCCACGUGCGCUCGGAUCCCAGCGAGCACCUGCGGGCGGCCCUGGACCAAGCCCAGCAGGCGGGCCAGCUGAAGAAGGAGCUAACGGCGAGCACCAACGGCCACGGCUCCCCCGGGCACCACCCGGCCAACGGCAUCAUCUCCCCCUCGGAGGACAAGCUGGCGCAGCGGCUGCAGCAGCUGGUCACCGAGAACCCUGGGAAAUCCAUAUCCGUCUUUCUCAACCCGGAUGAUGUCACCAGGCCACACUUCCGCAUCGAUGACAAGUUCUACUGAGGCAGACGUGCUGCAGAGGAGAAGUGUGGUAAUGUGUGCGUCUGUUCCCCAUCCCAUCACUGAACAAUGCAACAAAAAGCCUUGCUGCUUGACUGACUCUUCAAACCAAAAAACACACAUGUCCUACUACUGACAGAUGACGCCGACGUCGCACAACAGAAACGAUGUCACCGAGCAGUUGCCACGGAGACGGCCCUCUCCUAACGAGCUGGCCUUAACGAGACUUAUCAGCUGGUGCUACCAAGACAAGGGCCGGCGUUAGUGGUGUGAAAUAAGUCCAGUGGAGCUCAACGCUGUGUGUGUGUGUGUGUGUGUAUGUGCGUGCGCGUGUGUACGCCUAAGGGUUUUCACAUAUUACUUACAAUUCUAAAGACGGAGGGAGAAAAUCUCCUUGAUUGCUGCAUCUCUCUCCUUUUUAGUUGAGAUCAGAGCGGGGCCGUGGCUGAUUUAGAAAAGAAAAAUCCAGGUGUGGCUGAUGUAACUGAAUGUAAUGUUGCGAGGCGAACUGCGGAGUCUGAACAAAGAGUCUCUUUUACUCAAAUACAUU